UAGAAUCCAAAUAAAAUUUUUAUUUAAAUUAAAAGAGAAAAUGACUCGUCGUGGUGUUGGCAAUCGUUGUAGUGAUGUUGUUCGUUAUGUUCUUUCCCAUUCUCCAACAGGCUCUAGCUGUGCCUGCCAACAACAAAAUUAUGUUUGUGAAGAUAUUGCUGUAUUUCUAGAUUUUGAGAAUUGUAUACCCAGUGAUCAGGAGCGUCCUCUCUUUUUAGAGUUACAAUCAAUUCUUGAACAAUGUUUUGUCUGUAUUGAGUGUUUAUCCAGUUACGGGGCUGGGGCAACUGCUGAGCGUUCAAAAGCUCUCCAAGAAUAUGAGGAUUUACAAGUUCAGGAACACGCUUUUAAAGUAAUUAAAGAACAUGUUCGCCGAAUUAGAUGCUAUUUUGAAUUGGCUCAGCGAAUUGAACAGGUAAUCCCCAAUUUGUUAUGGGAAUUAUGUUCAGGCCCUCUACCUCCAGCAGAACAUAUCGAAUCUGCCCAGGCUUUGUGCAAACAAUUUGCUCAUUUGAUUGAUUUUGUUUUUCAUUUUGAUGCAAUUAAAAUGAAUACACCUUCUUUACAAAAUGAUUUUAGUUUUUACAAGUUUGUUUUUUGUUUGUUGUUGGGAUUUUCUUCUUGA